UUGACAUUAUAAAUGUUUUGGAAAAUAAAUAUGUGGAUAAAAUGAAAUAUUAAUUUUAAUUUAUUUCUAAAACGUGUCGUCUUUUUUCCUUCAACAUGACGGAAAGUGGUGCUAUGUCUAAUAGAAUUUUAUUCAUGCUUGAAUCAAUUUUUAAAAAUAAUAAGCACCUACAAGAGUUUGCAAUAAUUCCUACUGAAGGAAAUUCAACAAAUACAUCUCCUCUUCACUAUAGAUACAACAAUAUAGGAUUAGAAUCUUGGUGCAUAAAGCAUUUAUUCCAGCAUGCCUGUUCAGUAUUAUUUAAAAAAAGAUGUUUAUUAUCAAAAAGAAAGGUCCUUUAUGAGGAAAUGGAGGAACUAAAUAAAUAUUUAAUAGGAGCUCUCCUCAUAAAUCCAGAUAUUGGUACAUUUUGGAACAUGAAGAGAGAAUUGGUAGAGCAAGAAGUUCUUGAUGAGAAGGAUGAGUUGUACUUCUGUAAAAUUGUUUUGACCAACAAACCAAAAUCAAACGAGUCAUUCGCAUAUAGAAGAUGGCUGUUGAAAAGAUUGAUCAAAAAUGUAUUAACAACAUAUAGUAAAGAAGAAGCUAUAUCAUUUUUACAAGAGGAAUUUACUACAAUUGAUAUUGCUUCUGGAAAAGCUCCCAAUAACUACCACAGUUGGAAUCAUAGAAUAUGGUGCAUGGAAAACAUUGCUUCGAAAUACUUCAACUUCGGUAGAAUAACUUACUCCGAAUUAGUAUACAGUGGGAACUGGAUCAGCACUCAUGUUUCCGAACAUGCAGGAUACCAUUAUCGUCAAUACCUCAUAAAAUUAGUAAAAAAACAUAAGGAACUCAAAGUAAUGGACUCAUUUUUUCAGUUUGUCAUACAAAAUCACGCAAACACAAUUGGUGAACGUGAAUAUGGUAACCUCCUUACGUAUCUCAUGGGAAACCGCCAUAAGCCCCUUUUGGUGGAAAAAACCUCAUCUUACGUGAAUCUUAUCUGUAUACUUCUUCAUGAUCUUCAUCUUGUUGGUAGAUUAAAUGAAACAUACCCUGAACACGAAGCCCUCUUUACCCAUAGGAGAUUUAUUAUGUAUCAUCUUCUUAAGGUGCAGUGUGAUUAUCUCGGAGUUGAAUUUAGAAUGAAAAUAAACCAGGACAAAGAAUUUAACAUUGUCGAUGGAAAAAACAUUACCAAUUUGGAUACUGCAGCCAAUAUUCACACGGAUGUCGAACCUAAUAGAUUGCCAAAUAUGUUUAGUGUUACGAUGAGCAAAGCAGAACGAUCCAAUCUGUAUGAAAUCCUUUUUAACAGCGAGAGGAAUUUUGCUUCUCAUAAUGGCAGUGUUUUCCAGCUGGCCAAGUAUAAAAAGUGGUUGACUAAUGUGGUAGGAUUUGAGUGAACAGCAGCUUGAAUUAUAUUGGUAGAUCAUUGUAGGAUUAGCGCAGAUUCUUGUAUCAUAGAGAUGCCAGUUCGUAUAAAAUUAUCUAUUGAGUUUUUGGUAAUCUUAUAGUAUUUUACAAACAUAUUUGCCCUGCUAGAUAAACCGUCAAACCUAUACAUUUGACGAGUAGAGGAAAGGCUGCAAAUAUGGGCUGGUCUUGUAAUAUGGGCUAGGUGGGUUUCACAGCUAUUCGUUGCAGAUCUCUACAUUUUGACUAUUGCAAACGGUAUUUGACGAAGUUAAACUAUCACCGUAGCGAUGGCGCCACUGUGGUAGGUAUUUCCCAGUUUAUAAUAAUUGUUUGUCGGUUGGUGUGAGUGUCAAAACUUUUUCGGGUAAGUUGAUAAAUUCCAGUAUUUAAAAAUAAACACGAAUUUCAAAAAAACAUCUAUGUCACGUUGAAGCUCUAUUAUUAGUCUUUGAUAUAUGCUAAUGAGUUUUCUUCAAAUUGUCUGCUUUUAGACAUAACUUCUUUUGUUGUGCAAAGCAAGCGUGUUUACAAUAUGGGCUAUGCCUCUGUUUUCAUUAUGGGCUAGUGGCCCAUAUUUAGAACUAUGUAGCAAUGUAGGCAAAACGAAAUAGGAAAAGGCAAAGAAAAAAGGAAAGGAAAAGAAAUAAAAAAAGGAAAUGUAAGCAGGUUACCAAAGUCACAAAGGACCAAAAAAAGAAAUCGGGUUCUAGUAGCGAGGAUGGGGAGGAAUAUGUGCCUGCAGAUGAUGAGAGCGAUUACAAUGAGUUUCCUUCUACACAGCCUCCACAAGACGCAGCUGACGUAACGUGUAUGUUUUGCGAAGCACUUUUUUCAGAAGAUAAUCUUGGUGAAAUAUCGGUCAAGUGCUUCAUGUGUCAUUUUUGGGCACAUAACGAGUGCGCUGGGGCCGAAAAAGAAGAAUACCUAUGUGUGUGACUUUUGCAAAUAGUUUUAGCCUAUGAGUUAUUUGAUGGACUUUUUGUAUUUUAGAUAUUAAAAUAUAUUUGUCACGCAUUUAUCUCACUUCACACAAAUUUAAGACACAUUUUUCGGGGUAGCCCAUAUUUAGGAUCAUUAUUCAAACGGCGCAAAAGUACAAUUUUUCAUUAUUUGUACAUUUAAAACAGUUGUAUAUUUUUUAAUCAAUUUGGACUUUGGGCAGGUUAGAAGUAACGAAAUGUAGGUAUUCUUACGUACCUUUGGAAAUAAAAUAGAAUUUUUAUUCUUUUUUUACAAAGAAAAACAAAAUGGGUAGCCCAUAUUUGCAUCCUUUCCUCUAGAUAUAGAACAGGCUCCGUAGCGCAGUAUGAGUUUUUGGGGAUUAAUGUGCGCUGGCGCGGUUAGUUAUUAGUUUACAGGUUUUAAUUCUCUGCGAACGAUUUUUGGACAUAUCUUACUGUUCCUAACCUAAAAAUACACAAACAUUUCUAACCUUAAUCCGGCAUUGGUUGCUAUAUGAGAUUUUCUCUCACGGUUUCAGAAUAUUGCACAAAACUUUUUCUCUGGUAAAUUAUACAUGUUGUAUGUAGCUCCUUCUAAUCUCCUAAUUAUCCUUCCUCUACAAUCGAAUAGUUUGGUCUGAUCAGAUGGUGGUGGUUUAUUUGACUUAGUAUGGCCCGAUUGUUAAGUCAAUGCGCUUCACGUGUGAUAUUCUCUCAUCGAGCGACUACCGUGUGUAAUAUUAUUUAGCAUUAUUUUAUAGCGAUAUUCUAUAUUGUAGCAUUAUUUUAUUUUGUAUUUGCAAUAUGAAUCAUGCAAAGAUAAUUUUAGAAAUUGCCCUGCUGCAGGACAAUAAAAUAUUGGUACUAUGUAGUACAAAUUUGAAAUUUACCUAUAUGUAUUGAAAUAUUAAAAUUAAUAUUAUUUCUACAUUUUUAGAUUAAAAUGUACAAGCGUGUUAACAGUCACAUUGUGUAAAGCUAAUAAUAACUUUAUUAAGUUUAAAACCUAUUUUGAAAAUUUUAUUUCGUAAAAAAAGGCAAAAGUGGGAUAUGUGAGACAAAAUCUCACGCGCGAUCACUGACGUGAAAGUCAACCUAGCGACCAAUGCCGGGUUAACAAACAUUAUUUUAUAGUUUUUUUAUACGAAAUUGUCAAAAUGGGUGGGUUAAAAAUAAAACUAAGUAAAGUAGUUUAUGUUAUUAGUAACAACAAACAAAAAACUUGACAAUUUACUGUACCUGUAAGCAUAGCGCUUGCGCUGACUAAAAAUCGGCACUCUAAUCCACGAACCUAAUGGACCGGUUUCUGACUGAUCAUGAACCAGUUACAAAAACUCUGCGAACAUUCUCCGCAACUUUCUGUCAAAGCUCCGGAUUUUUAACACCGCGAACGCUGCGCCUCACCGACUGAUUGCGGAUCAAUCAGAAAUCCGUCAUGGUGUAGCUUAUAGACGGAGAGGCAGCGCCGAAAAAUCUCUCUGAAUUUACUAAAGCUAGUUUUUUCACAGUUGAUUACCGUGAUUGUGUAGAGAAACAUACUGCGGUCGGCCAAGCGAAACGUAGAACAGGUGGUACUGACAGCUUGUCAAAGUUGCUUACAUGCGGAGGUAAUUAAAUCCAUUUACUAAGGGUGAAAAUCAGUACACACAUUCUAAAUUGUAUAUAAAUAAAAGUUAUUAUAGUCGGUCAGAGCUGGUUGGGACAGAGCCGGUCGGUCGGCCCCAAUGAAUGUACAGGGUUAUUCACUAUAUUUUGACCCUCUUGUAAACUGCUUUAUUUACAGAAUUAGAAAAAAAUGUAAAAUACAAAAGUUAUUCGAUUUUUUAAUUAUGAUUUUUUGACAUAUAUAUCGUACUAGUGACGUCAUCCAUCUGGGCGUGAUGACGUAAUCGACUAUUUUUUAAAUGAGAAUAGGGGUCGUGUGCUAGCUCAUUUGAAAGGUUAUUCAAUUCCCUAUUCAGUAAUAUAAACAUUAACAAGAUUGUUUAUACAGGGUGUCCAAAAAAAAUUUUUUAACUAAAUUAAUUGUUUAAUUAACGAUUCAAAAAUUUUUUUUGGACGCACUGUAUAAAUAAUGAUCUUAAUGUUUAUAUUACUGCAUAGAGAAUUGAAUAACCUUUUAAAUGAGCUAGCACACGACCCCUAUUCUCAUUUAAAAAAAUAGUCGAUUACGUCAUCACGCCCAGAUGGAUGACGUCACUAGUACGAUAUAUAUGUCAAAAAUCAUAAUUAAAAAAUCGAAUAAUUUUUGUAUUUUACAUUUUUUUCUAAUUCUGUAAAUAAAGCAGUUUACAAGGGGGUCAAAAUAUAGUGAAUAACCCUGAACAUUCAUUGGAGCCGACCGACCGGCUCUGUCCCGUCAUACAGCUGACCGACUAUAAUAACUUUUAUUUAUAUUCAAUUUAGAAUGUGUGUACUGAUUUUCACCCUUAGUAAAUGGAUUUAAUUACCUCCGCAGGUAAGCAACUUUGACAAGCUGUCAGUCACACCUGUUCUACGUUUCGCUUGACCGACCGCAGUAUGUUUCUCUAUACAAUCACGGUAAUCAACUGUGAAAAAACUAGCUUUAGUAAAUUCAGAGAGAUUUUUCGGCGCUGCCUCUCCGUCUAACAGGCGAGGCUCAUUUCUCACCAGACCAAUCAAUAUAUUUCUUUGUCCAUUUCUGCCAUUUGCGUCUCCUCGGAACGAAUCAUCUUAAUGAAACCAUACCAGUCCGAUGUCCGUCAUUGUCGGAUUGAGCUUUCCAUUGCAUUGUAGGCACUACGCACUGAAAUCUUGAGUUUGGUAGAAAUACGGAUCCAACUAGGUGUAGCCUAAUUUCCUAGCCUAGGUAGAUAGGUGUAGUCUAGGUGAAUAGACUCAUAAAAGCACAUCUUCAACGUAAUUUUUCGGCAAAUGCUGUAACGGAACAUUUUACUUCUUUUGUAUGCCCCCCUUCACCACCGCACCGUCCAUUGUCAAAAAACUACUAAUGCUUCUGAAAUAUGAAAGAAUGGGGUAUGCUUAGCCUUAAAUUUUUGCAUUUUAUAAAAUUAGAGAUCAAAUUCUACUCAUGGACCAUAUUUUUUUAUGUAGAUAGAAUAUAGAUAAAAUUAAGAUGUAGAUUUUUUAUAUAGAUAAAAUAUUAAGUAUUUUAACUUUUAAUACUUUUUAAUUGAGUCUUUUCAGAAUUAUAAACAAUAUUUUGAUUCAAAUUUUUAAUUUAAACUAGCUAUAAUACCCGGCUUCGCCCGGGAGUUGAUAUGAGAUUACGCGGUAGUUGCAAUAAAAAAAUAAACUAUGACGUAAUAGUAAAAAAAUGUAUUGAAAACAUUCGCUCAUUUUUUACACUAUUUGCUUAUAAACAACGUUUUUCAUUUUAUUGUCUGGAGUAUAUAUAUAGAUUUUUCGGAUUUCCUACCCUUGAGCAAGCUACAUAUAGCUGACCGUGAGAGAAGCAGGGUUCUUUGAGGUUAAUCUUAUAUUUUGAAGAAAGUGUUUUGAUUCUUGUGUUUCCCCGGUCAUGUAAUGUAGAAAUUCCUGUGGAGGUGCUUCCAGUGGUGGUAGUCGAAUUUUUCCAUUCAUGUAACAGAGACCUGCUGUUUCUUUACUGAAUUUUUUCGCGUGGCAAAAUUGGCAAAUGUUAUCCAUUUUUCCGAUCACAACAUGUUUAUGAUUGUAAUAUUUUUUCGUCGGUUCGUAGUGGAAUGCUUCCUUUGUUAAAUUAUCUUUUAAAAUUCUCGAUUCUUCUAUACUUUCGUUCUCUUUUCUUUCUUCAUUUUUUGUGCUUCUCAGAGUUCUCAUCCUAGUUCGUUGAUUUUGUAAACGUGCUUCGCGCUCUUCUUCCGUUUCAUUUCUUCUAUGUUCUUUUUGUUUCCGCCGUUUCGCUGCAGAACUGGCAAGAUCUCCUCCUUUUUUACGUCUAGGCAUUGUAUUCUGUAAAAUAUAAAUUAAAUAAACAUUUUAUAGACAAACAAUUAAAAGAAAAAGAAAAACAACCAUUAGAAUUAAUUAAAGACACUAUUAAUUAUCUUUUCAAAAAUAAUUAUUUUUUCAAAAAUAAUUAAUAUAAAUAAUUAAUAAUCAAACUGAGAACUUCCUUUUUCUGAAGUCGGUUAAAAAUACUUACAUUUGAUAUUUCACAAUAAAGGCUCACAGACGACUUUUUUCUUCUCGGCUUCAAAAUCGAGAAUUAAUUAAACACACUAUUAAAAAUACUGACACGUGAUACUUCAAAAUAAAUGCUCACAGAUAACUUCUUUCAGUUCCUUUCGCAAUCGCUUUUCAAAUCGAACUAACUCUGGCGGGUGAUACCGGGCCCUUAUAUAUUCAGAGAGCUAGGCUCUAGCAUAUUCGGAAAAGUUCGAGAGUAUUUUCUUUUACACAUUCUAGAAUGUACUCGACAUUAUCGUCCGCCGUAACAAUAAGUUCUGCAGCUAUAGCAUAAGUAGUAAAGGCGCGAAAUUUGAAAACUUAAAUUUUUAAAUAUUUUCAGAAUUAAUAAUUAAUAAUUUGAAUAACUAAACUUAUCUCGCUUCAACUCCAAAAUAUAUAUAUUUAUUAUAUAUGUUACAGUGAAAGCUGAAUAUUAGUCAAGGUGUACCGUCGCUAGUGAUUGUCGACCUUCACUGAAAUGACCAGUGAAUGUUGAUAGUAGAAAAUAUAUAUCAGCUUUCACUAGGGAAGGUGAACCUUCACGGAAUCAGCCUAGGGAAUGUUGAACAUCUGGCGGAUGUGCACGGCGGGCGAACGACCUUGACCUGUCGUCAAUUUAGUUUACAUUUUUAAUACUUUUAUGAAGUUUAACUUGUUUGAACGUAUUUAAUACCGCAUAGUAUAAUAAUUAGUAAUUUUACAUUUAAGCCUGCAAGUAUCUUUUUAUUUGCAGAUCCCAGUUUAAUACUUGUCCAGUAAACAUUAUAAAAGAAGAUGAAAUUCCAAUGGAAAAGACACUUACUUUACGAACAGUUGCUACUACUCAGUCAACCGGAAGUGGGCAAGGAUUUUUUAAGUGCAGUUGUAACAAGAAGUGCCAAACAAAGAAGUGUUACUGCAUAAAAAACAAUGUUUUAUGCAAUUCCAAAUGCCAUAAAGCAUUAUCAUGUUGCAACAAAUAAUUUUAUUAUUGUUGACUAUAGUAUUUUCGUCUCUAUUAUAGUCUUUAAAUUGUAGACUAUAGUUUCACGUUUUAUUUUGUUCUUAUUUGUUCAUCUUUCAAAUUCUAAAUUUACUUUUGUUAUAAAAGUAUACGUGAUUUAAGAUUACUCUUUUAUUUCUCUCUAACUUUCCCUAGACUGUUGCAGAGGAGGUUGUCAUUCACUAUAGGAAUUGUCAACCUUCACUAGUGGAUGUUGAUCUUGUUUGUACGUCUGUGUAACUUUCCCUAGACUGCUGUAGGGGAGGUUGACGUUCACUAAGAAUGGUCAACCUUCACUAGUGAAAGUUGAUCUUGUUAUUUCAGAAUUCAACUUUCACUAAGAUGCCCAGCGAGAGUCGACCGUGACUAGUAAAGGUUAACCUUCCCUGAAACGUCAACUUUCACUGUAACAUAAUAUGUAAUAUGUAACAUAUAUAUUAUAUAAUGAUGAUAAUGAUGUUAAUACCGGAAUAUUUAAAAGUUUGGCGAAGGGGCAAAAUUGGGAAUAUUUAAAAAUUUGGUGGAGGAGCCAGGUCUAGUGCUAGCCAAGCUUGCUAGGAAAAGCCCUUAUAUCUUUAAAAAUACGCCCUUUAAGUUAAAACGGGAACUUACUUGUUCGAGCGGGGAUAAAGGGCUAUUGCACUAUAUAAGUCCCUUUAUCGUAUCGGGAAUCCUUUUUAAGUUUUAUCGGCACACACAUUUUAUCAACUUAGUUUUAUUAUAUAUAAUGAUGUGUAAUAAUAUACAAAUAAUAUAAUAAGGUUUAUGCAGUCGCCAUCUUCAGGAAUAUUUUGCAGUGUAAUAACCCUGACCCUUUGACCAAUUGAAAUGUGCUUCUAUAUACGUCUCAAUUCGUGGUUUUACCUUAACAUGUGAAGGAACAACCAUGCGAUAAGAAAGGUUAUGUUAAAUAGAGUGGAAAUUUGUCAAAAAUGUAUUUUAAUUUAUUUUUUUAAACCGUUUUCAAUGUUUUUAAUAUGCUGUCCAUAAUUAGAAUAAAUAGUGUAUGUACAGAGUGAGUCUGUAAAUCGAAAUAAAUUCAAUAUCUCAAAUACUAAUCGUUUUUAUUUAAUGCUCAGACCCGUCGAUUAGUAAUAUAAAUUGUCCUUUUUGACAUACAAUAAUAAUGUAUACAGGGUGUCCCAAUUUAGAAAUAUGACGUUAUCGUUGAUUUUCUUAAAUGGCAACACUGUCAUUUUGAUAUCUAUUUUGAUAGGGUGUGUAAAGUUAUACAUAACUGCAAAAUAUAAAUUUUUUUUCUCUACCAUUUACAAGAUAAUAAAAAAUAACCAAGUUAUGUCUGUAAUUUGGAACAAAUUCAAUAAUUCAAAUACUAAUUGUUUUUUUUUUGAAAAAUGCUCAGACCCGUCGAUUAGUAUUUCAAAUUAUCAUUUUUGACAUACAAUAAUAAUGUAUACAGGGUGUCCCAACUUAGAGACAUGACGUCAUCGUUGAUUUUUUUAAAUGGCAACACUGUCAUUUUGAUAGCUAUUUUGAUAGGGUGUGUAAAGUUUACAUAACUGCAAAAUUUCAAAUUUUUAUUCCCUAUCAUUUACAAGAUAAUAAAAAAUAACGAAGUUAUGAAAAACAAGGAAUCAAAUAAUAAUUGAAUUUAAAUAUUUUAACUGAGCAAAUCUUCAUAAUGUUGCCCUCAGUUAUUGUCAAAUAGUCAAUGGACAGCAUUAUGAGCAUUUGCUUAAUUGAAAUAAUUAAAUUUAAUUAUCAUUUGGUUACUUUUUUUUUAUAAUUUUGUUAUUUUUUAUUAUCUUGUAAAUGGUAGGGAAUAAAAAUGUGAAAUUUUGCAGUUAUGUAUAACUUUACACACCCUAUAAAAAUAGCUAUCCAAAUGACAGUGUUGCCAUUUAAGAAAAUCAACGAUGACGUCAUGUCUCUAAAUUGGGACACCCUGUAUACAUUAUUAUUGUAUGUCGUAAAUGACAAUUUGAAAUACUAAUCGACGGGUCUGAGCAUUUUUCAAAAAACAAUUAGUAUGUGAAUUAUUAAAUUUAUUCCAAAUUACAGACAUAACCUGUUUUUUUAUUAUCUUGUAAAUGGUAGAGAAUAAAAAUUUGAAAUUUUGCAGUUAUGUAUAACUUUACACACCCUAUCAAAAUAGCUAUCCAAAUGACAGUGUUGCCAUUUAAGAAAAUCAACGAUGACGUCAUAUCUCUAAAUUGGAACACCCUGUAUACAUUAUUAUUGUAUGUGAAAAUGCACAAUUUGAAAUACCAAUCGACGGGUCUGAGCAAUUUUCAAAAAACAAUUAGUAUUUGAGAUAUUGAAUUUAUUCCAAAUUACAGACUCACUCUGUAUAUACAUAAUAUUAAAGCUUUAAUUUUAUAGUUUUUUUGUUUCAAAUCCUUUAUGUUUAUUUAUAUUUAUAUGUGUAUAUUUUUAUGAUAGCUAUUAUGUAGGUGUGUAAAUUUUUUGUUAUAUUUAUUUUUCUGUAGCUGUUUAAAAAUAUUUUCUAUAAUAAUAAGUGUUUUUUAAUGAUUUAUGUGUGACUCUAAAAUAUGUGUAUGUAAUAGCAUAUUCUUGCCAAAAAACUCAUAUUCUACAGAUAUUAAAAAAAUAAUAAAUAUAUAUAUUGGCAAAAUAUGUUAUUGUUGGUGAAAGAGUAUUAAUAAGAGAUCUUCAACAAAAUCGUUCAAGAUUUUUCAGAGAGCUAUAUAAUUUUUUUUGAUCGAUUCUAAAUUUUAUAUAUGUUUGUAACAUAGAUUGUGAGUUUAGACGUAAUAUGUUUGUAUAAUGAGCUGGCAUUUCUAUUGAUUCAUCUGUGAUAUAAAAAAUAAUUAUUGAAGAAAUACUAUUAUCUAUAUGAGUUAAAUAUUUAAUAAUUGUGUUUUAUUAAGAUUUCAAUAUAUUUUGUUUUUGUA